AUGUCUCAAGGCAGCCAAGACGAAGCAAAAAUUGGUCUCGUACCCGGUCUCUCACCGUCUUCAGAAGCCUCGUUGUCCUCAGACACGGUUUGCGAUCUAGGCGAGGAUGACCACGAUCUCGAAAAGGAAGACGUCGCCCUCCUUCACGCAAAGGAGCUCGGGUCGACGCAUGCACGGACGACAGCGAGGAGAUGCAGGUUACCCAAGUCGAUUCUGCUCUGGACCUUCUUCAUUGCUCUCGCCGCCCUCAGCUUUCUGGUGUAUUGGCUGCUGCCUCUCAAAAUGAACCAGACACCCACUUUUCAUCCCGUGUUUGGCGACUGCGGGAAAACACCCGACCAGGCGAGGGCAAAGGGCUGCGUCUACGAUCCUCUCGCCGUCACCUGGGUCCGGCCAGAAUGCUACUAUCCUGAGCUUAUCGAAGAGUUCAUCGACAUGGAACCGGUGGCCUUCUACCACGACAAAUCCCUCAGCACGGAGUCUCUGGUGCCGUUGGAAGAAAUCAUCCAGGCCCAGCACGAGCAAGUGUGGGCGCCUCACAAGUUUCACUCGGUCCAUUGCGCCCAUGUGGUCAAGAAGGUACAUCAUGCCCUCAUGAACCAUUUCCCCAUUGACAGCUUUUCAUUGAACUACGCCCACACGGAGCACUGCCAGCUGGUGUUACUCGAAGAGCUGCCUCAGUGUGCCGCGCCUGGGACUUGUCGACUGAAUAAUGUCAUUCAGAAAUACAGUUCGUGCGGAUAUGUGUAUUAG